CCAAGGAACAACAGACAGUAACACAAUGGCUUUUACACUGUCGUCUAGCAGCAGUAUUAGUCUAAUCGUGGAAUACCCACCAAAACUUUGAAUAACAGCCACUUGUAGAAGACCCGUGCCAAACUCAAAACGAAUGCUAUUGUUAUUCAAACUUGUAGGCCUAAAUCAGGCACACUUGCACUCUUUGUUGACUCCUUUGUCUUCGUAUUUUCAAUGAAUUAGAGUUGGAUACACUUACGCAUCACACGAAAGAGAAGAUGGCGACGAGGAAAACAGAGUUCAUGUUUCUUCUAGCACUGAAAUUCACUCUGUUCAUUAGACUCGCAGACUCCGUGGUUCCACAGGACGAAGUGGAAGCUCUUGAAGAAAUUAUGACUUUAAUGGGUGCAACAAAUUGGAGGUUGAAUGGCAACUCAUGUCAACUUGAAGUGAUCUCUGAAAUGCCAAAACCCCACCCUGAAGCCGAUGCGAAGGUCCAAUGUGACAUUGACUGCAACAAUGAUAACUCCACUGAUUGUCAUGUUGUAAGCUUCGUACAUAAGUUUUAUAGUCUUAAUGGUGUUCUUCCACGUGAACUUGUAAAGCUUCCUUAUCUUCAAACUAUUGACUUUGCUUACAAUUACCUUGGUGGCAAGAUUCCAUCUGAAUUGGGCUCAACACGGUUGCAAUCAAUAUCUCUUCUUGGAAACCGCUUAUCCGGGGAAAUACCAGGGGAACUUGGGAAUAUUACAACUUUGACAUAUUUGAACCUUGAAGCAAACAACUUUUCUGGGACUAUUCCUUCUGAUCUUGGGAAAUUGAUUAAUUUACAAGCAUUGAUCUUGUCUUCAAACCGGUUGACAGGGAUGUUGCCAGCUUCCUUUGCUGAAUUGAGAAGUUUAACAGAUUUUAGGAUAAGUGACAACAACUUCAGUGGGUCGAUACCUAAUUUCAUACAGAAUUGGAGGCAACUCAGUAAAUUAGAAAUGAUUGGGACUGGGCUUCAGGGACCAAUUCCUUCAAACAUAUCCCUUCUUCAUAAUUUAAGUGAUGUGAGGAUAUCUGAAAUAAGUGGACCAACUCAGAGAUUCCCUCCUUUAGAUAAUGCUAUCGGUUUACUAACAGUUGUGUUGAGGGGCUGCAACAUUUCUGGAGAGAUACCUGCUUAUAUUUGGCAAAGAAGAGAUCUUCAAUUAUUGGAUGUAAGCUUUAACAAGUUAGUAGGGGAAAUAUCGAAUGACAUUGUUGGUAGGAGCUUACGUUAUGUGUUUUUGACAGGCAACAUGCUAAGUGGAGCCAUACCCAACACACUCUUGAUCGAAGGAGCCACCAUUGACCUGUCCUACAACAAUUUCACAUGGCAAGGGCCAGAUCGACCAACAUGCCAACCAAACAUGAAUCUAUACAUCAAUUUGUUUAAGAGUUCGGGGAACACAUUACAGGAUAUACUGCCAUGCAUAAGGGAUGCCACAUGUCCUAGAUAUGGAUGUUCGUUACACGUUAAUAGUGGAGGAGAUGAUGUAAGGGUAAAAGAAAAUGGUGUGGAUGUUGUUUUUGAAGGAGAUGCAUCAUUUGAUGGUGGAGCUGGAAGUUUUCACAGGACCAGUAAUAAUUGGGGACUGAGUAGCUCUGGAGACUUUCUUGAUGACAAUAUUCAAACAAACCGUUAUGUAGAAUCUUUGCAAAAUUCAACAAAUUUAGGUUCCAUUUACACAACAGCUCGACUUUCACCACUCUCACUUACUUAUAUCAGCUAUUGUUUGGAAAAUGGGGAUUAUAUUGUUGAUCUUCACUUUGCGGAAAUACAGUAUACGAAUGAUAGUACAUAUAGAAGCCUUGGCAGACGGGUAUUCGAUAUCUAUAUUCAGGGACAACUUGUGAAGAAGGACUUUAAUAUAGAAGAUAUGGUUGGAAUAAGAAUGCCACUUGUUCUACCUUUCAAUGCAAGUGUGACAAAUAACAUCUUAGAGAUACGAUUUUAUUGGGCUGGUAAAGGGACAACACGUUUUCCCAAAAGAGGGCGUUAUGGGCCCCUUGUAUCAGCUAUCUCUGUUAACCCAUAUUCUAAAAUUUGUUCAAUUCCUGGGAAGAAGACAGACAAAAUUAAAUAUGUUGGUUUUGCAAUUGCGGGGCUGUGUCUUGUGUUGAUAAUCUUGGCUGUUUUGUGGUGGAAAAGGUCUCCAAAAGAAAGAAAAAGGAAUAAUAAAGAUUUUGAAGGGGUGGAGUUGAAAACAGUAUCGUUUUCUUAUAAACAACUAAACACUGCUACAAACAACUUCAAUGCUUCACACAAAAUUGGAGAAGGGGGAUUCGGACCUGUUUUCAAGGGUACGUUACGUGAUGGCACUGUAGUUGCUGUAAAACAGCUUUCCUCUCGUUCAAGGCAAGGAAAUCGUGAGUUUUUAACAGAAAUUGGUGUGAUAUCAUGCUUACAACACCCAAAUCUUGUGAAGCUUUAUGGAUGCUGUGUUGAAGAAGAUCAACUGUUGCUAGUAUACGAGUAUCUGGAAAACAAUAGCCUUGCAAAUGCUCUAUUUGGUUCGAGUAAAAGUAGUUUAAUGUUGGAUUGGGCAACAAGGUUUAAGAUUUGUGUUGGAAUUGCUAGAGGUUUAGCUUUUCUUCAUGAAGAAUCAAGGCUAAAAAUUGUGCAUAGGGACAUCAAAGCUACUAAUGUCCUUCUUGAUAAAGAUCUUAAUCCAAAAAUAUCAGACUUUGGAUUGGCUAGGCUAGAUGAGGAUGAGCAUACUCAUGUCAGCACACGAGUAGCUGGAACAAUAGGAUACAUGGCACCAGAAUACGCACUUUGGGGUCACUUGAGUGACAAGGCGGAUGUAUACAGCUUUGGAGUUGUGGCUUUGGAAAUUGUGAGUGGAAAGAACAACAACAAAUACAUACCAAACAACGAUAGUGUUUGUCUUCUAGAAUGGGCUUAUCGUUUGCAAUCUAGUAAAAAGUACGAAGAACUAUUUGAUGAGAGGUUGGAAUUUAAAAUCAACAAAGAAGAAGCAGAAAACGUGGUGAAAGUGGCGUUAUUGUGCACAAGUGGAUCUCCAUCAAUAAGGCCAACAAUGUCUGAGGUAGUGAGCAUGCUUGAAGGUAUAACAUGUAUCCCAGAAAUAGCCCCGGAAGUAGGUCGCUAUUUUGAAGAUUUGAGAUUCCAAACGAUGAGGGAUGGAAAUCAGGCUGGAGGACACACAGGAAGUAGCGUCAACACUCAAUAUUCGGCUACUGUUAAGAGUGAUACACGUUUUUUGAGUACAUCUUCAAAUGAUCGUUUUGAAGUGGUGUCUGUUGACACAAGAUCAUUCUAAAAGUUAAUUUCAUCUUGUGAUCGUGUUUUUUUGAUUUGUAGCAACAUGUAAAGGUAAAGUUGCUAUAUUCUGUAAGUUACGAAUAUUAAUUAUGAGCCUUGUAGGUGUCAAUAGUGUAUUGAUAACAUUAUGUCAUGGUUUUAGUCUUUUUGAAAGUUAUUUGGCCA